GAGUCCUUGGAUUCCUCAGCACCUGCAGAGCCCACGGAGGACGACGACGAGUCCUUGGAUUCCUCAGCACUUGCAGAGCCCACAGAGGACGACGAGUCCUUGGAUUCCUCAGCACCUGCAGAGCCCACGGAGGACGACGAGUCCUUGGAUUCCUCAGCACCUGCAGAGCCCACGGAGGACGACGAAGAGUCCUUGGAUUCCUCAGCACUUGCAGAGCCCACGGAGGACGACGAAGAGUCCUUGGAUUCCUCAGCACCUGCAGAGCCCACGGAGGACGACGACGAGUCCUUGGAUUCCUCAGCACCCGCAGAGCCCACGGAGGACGA